CUCUCUCAGGGAUUGCGGCAGCCACCAUGUUUAACCCACCAGAGAAGAGAACAGAAGUGUCAGAGACUCAGCUGCGAGUGGCCUUCGAUGGGGACGCAGUGCUCUUUUCUGAUGAGUCGGAGCGCAUCUUUAAGGCCCAUGGACUGGACAAGUUCUUUGAGCAUGAGAAGGCACACGAGAACACGCUUCUUGACCAUGGGCCACUGAAGGGGUUCCUGGAGUCUCUGGGGAAGCUGCAGAAGAAGUUUUAUGCCAAGGGCCAGCGUAUGGACUGCCCCAUCCGCACCUACCUGGUGACGGCACGCAGCGCGGCCAGCUCAGGCACCCGGGCCCUGAAGACACUUCGAUCCUGGGGACUGGACACUGACGAGGCCCUCUUCCUUGCUGGGGCCCCUGAGGGGCCUAUGCUGGAGAAGAUCCGGCCUCGCAUAUUCUUCGUUGUUCAGAUGUUCCAUGUGGAAGGGGCUGCGGAGCUGGGGACUGUGGCGGCUCAUGUGCCCUAUGGUGUGGCUCAGAAACGGCCCCAGAAGAAGCCUGCUGAGGAGAACGCUAAAGACUCUAGUGCUGCCGCCAAGUAGUCUGUACCUCACCCUCUUCCCUAUCCCUGUGACAGCAAGGGACAAUAAAACAACAUUGUGAAUUUGAAGGAGACAGUGGUUCUGUAAGUCCUUUUCAGUCCCCUCUUAGUUGUCUGGGUAGUGAAACCCAUAGUACAUGACAAUUGCAAGGGCACAGAGUGAGAGCAUGCUGUUUUCACGCCUGCCAUGUGAUUGAGGAUUCUUCACAAGAGGAGGCGCCAGUAUACCUUAAAGAAAAGCUUCAAAUAUCGUCAUGCUUGCAGUAAUGUUAGUACACUAUGCUAUCUGUAUCAUAGCAUUAUAGGUCCAAUAACAUUUUCAUCUAAAAAUCAACCUAAACAUAUGCUACACAAUAUUUAUAGAUUUUACAAAUCUGUGACUUUUAGCAACAACAUUCGAUUUUAUUGACGUAUUCAAAUUUUAUGAAACUCCAGAACCAAAACAUU